AAUGUGUGCUCGAAAUUUAUUUGACAAAUCUUAAGUAUACAUAGCAAUAUUGUUGGCCAUAAGCGAACGUGUAAAAUAAUAACUGAACCAAACUACAAAUUACGCAUGGGCCGAAUUUAAUAGCGGCAUUAAAUAUGGAAAUGGACGCUGAAAAAGGUGAUGCGUGCAAUAAGGAACCGGAAGAUGGAAAGAUUCUAGACGCGACUCCGACCUUGGACACUGAAACGAAAAGUCUUCAAGAUAAUGAGGUUGAUUCAACUAGCACCGUGGAGGAACCGUCUGCCUUGCCUCCUACCUCCGAGGCAGUCCAAGCGACAUCUGACUCGCCUGCUCGAAGCACAAGAAGCCGUUCAGCCAGCGCAAACCGAAAGUCGCCUAGUCGCAGCCGUAGUCGUAGUGUAAUUGACAGCUCACGACGUUCCCGUAGUCAGUCCGGAUCCCGGCGAUCUCGUAGCGGCUCUGGUCAGCGUUCUCGAAGUGGUUCGCAUCGCUCGCGCAGUGGUUCAGGAUCUAGACGCUCGCGUAGUGGAUCUGCUCACAGUGGUUCACGUUCGCGCAGUGGAUCGAGACGGUCACGGAGUGGAUCUGGCGGACGCUCGCGCUCACGUAGUGGCUCAAGACGAUCCCGUAGCGGUUCCAGACGCUCGCGCAGUGGUACCGGUUCUAGGCGCUCACGUAGCGGAUCGGGAGGACGUUCCCGUAGUGGCUCGAGACGCUCCCGCAGUGGAUCCGGAUCUAGACGCUCCCGCAGUGGAUCCGGAUCUAGACGCUCUCGCAGUGGAUCCGGAUCUAGGCGUUCCCGUAGUGGAUCCAGACGUUCACGUAGUCGAUCUGGAUCCAGACGCUCACGCAGCGGAUCUGGUUCCAGGCGGUCACGAAGUGGAUCUGGAGGACGCUCACGCAGUGGCUCAAGACGCUCGCGCAGUGGAUCAAGGAGAUCACGUAGUGGAUCAAGACGAUCACGUAGUGGAUCAAGACGAUCACGUAGUGGAUCGAGGCGCUCACGCACUGGAUCAAGGGCCUCACGCGCUGGCUCUAAGGCCUCCCGCGCUGGCUCCAGGGCCACGCGCAGUCGAUCCAACAGUGCUGCCUCCACACAAAGUCUGAGUAAAAACAGAAAGGAUUCCGACGACGAGAAACACAACGACGCCUCCCGCGACAAGCGUUCGCGUUCCAAGAGUAUUGCCGAGAAUAACACUUCACAAGAUGCACUGGAUCGCAAACGAAUAAUAGAUAGUGACUCUGAAGAUGACGCACCAAAAAUACAAAGAAAACGACCCAAAAUCACAGAUACAGAUAAUGAGGAUGAGGACGAUGGGGAAAAGCCAAACGAUGAGGAUGCGAAAAGUGCCCAGGAUAAAUUGGUGGAAAGUUCAGAUGAUGAAAACACACCCAUUUCAAAUGAACCAGAGAACAGCAACUUUGUUUCCGAUUUUGAUGCAAUGCUGAUGCGUAAAAAGGAAGAGAAACGCGUGCGAAGACGCAAGAGAGAUAUCGAUCUGAUAAAUGAUAAUGACGAUCUUAUCGAUCAAUUGAUUAUAAAUAUGAAAAAUGCAUCGGACGACGAUCGACAGCUGAAUUUGGCCGGCAGGCCAGCAACAAAGAAAAUUUCAAUGCUCAAACAAGUGAUGUCACAGCUGAUAAAGAAGGAUCUUCAGCUGGCAUUCUUGGAGCACAAUAUACUCAACGUACUUACAGAUUGGUUAGCACCAUUGCCAAAUAAAAGCCUCCCGUGUCUGCAAAUACGAGAGAGCAUUUUGCGAUUGUUAUCCGAUUUUCCAACCAUUGAUAAAUCAUAUUUGAAGCAAUCGGGCAUUGGCAAAGCUGUCAUGUAUUUGUACAAGCAUCCACAAGAGACAAAGACAAAUCGCGAUCGUGCGGGUCGCUUGAUAUCGGAAUGGGCUCGUCCCAUAUUUAAUUUAAGCUGUGAUUUCUCUGCAAUGAGCAAGGAGGAACGGCAGGAGCGUGAUUUAGCGCAAAUGUCUCGCAAUCGCCAGAAGAGCCCAGAUCCCGAGCCCGCUGCAUCCAGUAAUCCACAAACGCUAAAUCACACUUUCUCAAGUGAUGAUAAACCACUACGUCCCGGUGAUCCUGGCUGGGUGGCCCGUGCUCGUGUACCAAUGCCUUCCAACAAAGAUUACGUUAUUCGCCCAAAAUCAACAGUUGAAGGCGAAGUGACAACGGCCUCCAAGCGUAAGCCCAACCGUUAUGAAAAACAUAUGAAACGAUUUUUAGACUCGAAACGCUCGAAAGAAAGUCGUCGCGCCGUCGAAAUAUCUAUCGAGGGUCGCAAAAUGGCGCUUUAAGCAUAAGGAAACCCACUAGUUAUACACAUUUUAUAUAAUUCAUCCCCAACAAAAGAAACAGCUGAACAAAAUAAAUUAUAUAUAUAUAUAUAUAUGUAUAUAUAUCAAGCAUGGCCUUUCUAUGGAUAUCGUAUACCUAUAUAUUGACUUGACAAUUGCCGGUGGGCCUAAGUUACCAAAACCAAAAGAGUUAGCUCCUACGACAAAUAGGAAGUACUUAAGGUCGCCCAAGUCCUGUGAUACGCUUUUUCAAUGUCACAAGCAAAUGCAAUCGACUGACAACAUACAGCUGCGCUCAUAAUGAUAGUAAAGCUAUUGGAAAAUAUGACAAUAGUCAAAAAUAUAUAUAUGUAUGAAUUCUUUCUCGAA